AGCGAUGGAUGACCAACAAUCCAGUUUGCGACUGUCCAUUGAGCGCAUCGUCCGUAUCUUAUAUACAAUUCUUUUUUUUUUAAUUUUAUACUCAUUUCAUAAAUUGUGUUUAACCGAAAAUGAAGCUAACAUUGGUCUUGGCUGUAGCCUUAUUAGCGUUCGUGUCUGUCGAAUGUAAGGACCUUAUAGUAGGCACAAGUUUCAACAACAGAUUGAUUUGGCAGAAGAAGGUCGAAUACAAUGCCAUUCCACUUAAGAAAAGGGUCAAAGAGGAAUUCUUUUCUGACCCAGGACAACAAAUUAUUAAGGGUAUAAUCGCCAGGGAUUUGGACCACACGGACUCGACGGCCACUGUCACGGCUGGGGGCGUCGGCUUUUCAUACGUCAACCUGAGAUUCAAGAGCGAGAGAGGAUCAGGACUAAACUACCAAGUCGAAGUUUACGUUUAAAGUGUUAUUGUGUCAAACAAACAGUAUUUAUUUGUAUUCAAAGAUUAUUAUAUACAUGUAACUGUAAAAAGAUUGAAAAAAGGCACACAUUUUGUUAAUGUUUUUACAUUUAUAUUUAUUGUUUAUACAUAGACAAAAUGUGUUUUGUUUUUCCUAAUUUUAAAUUAAAAAUUUAAUCUUUUAUUUAGUUAACAUUUUCAAUAGGCAUGUUUCCAUUAUUUUGAACACAAAAGGAAACAUAGCUUGACUGCAAGAGAUAUUAUAUGUGUUUCAUUCUUAAAAUCAGAUUCAUAAUAUAAUAUAUUUAGUCAAGCAAAACCACGGGCGACAUCUACUUAAUUAUAAAUUUGAAAAUCUUGGUAAUAUGUAAGUAGACUGUGAACUACAAUACAAGUAGCUCGGUUGCGUUAUCAAUUCUCAAAAUCCUUACAGCCGCCGUUCUUUUUGUAGAAUCUAAUAUUGAAAAUUCUCUCGGGAACACAACGGUGGAAAGAUCAUCUCAAUACCGUACGUACGUCGAAGGAAACUCCACAUAAGCGAUUUUUAAAUAAUAAAUUACCGGAACGCUGUUGCCGCUAAGAAUCUUUAUCCGCGCUUUAUUCACAAUUCAUCCGAACGACUUAUGUUUAUGAAAUGUUUAAUGAAUUACAAUACUCGGUAUAUGUGUUGAACCAUAAGGCAGGGCGUAUUGCGUAGGAGCUAUACGUAUGUAUACGCUCUCAUAUCUCAUAUUUAUUUAGGUUAUAAACUCAUUUUUAAUAGAGCAAUUUGUUUACACGUAGUUGAUAAAGAUAUCAGACUCAUAAGCUAACUUAGCUUGAAUCACAGUGCGGCCAUGUACCAAUGACUUUCAUUAAACAAUUAUAUAUAUCCUAUGGUUUCGUUUUGAUUUCUAUGCACAUGGGAUUUUGUCUCUCUGAAGACGACUUUUAUAAGUUUGAAUGAAAUAACCACUCUUAGAUACGAGUGGAAAUGUAUGUGCAUGUAAGUGCAUGCAUACAAUACAUGCACAAGACUACGUGUAAUCAUGAUUCAGAUUGAUCAGGCAGUAUUAUCACGCAGAAUCACCUUAUCUGGCCUAAAAUAUCAUUGCCACUACCAUUCAGAUGCGGA